GUAUGCAGAUGUACGACGCUAUGGUGCUUUUAUUUUGACAGGUCCCAGUUCCAUCCGGUGCAAGACAUGCUAACAUUAACAAAGCUAACUUGUCUUUCAUCAUCACCCAAACAUUAGCUUGUUGGGAGACCUUUCUUAGCUAAAGUCUCCACAAAUUAGCCGAAGCGAAUCUAUGAGUCGCAAAAGACAUCAUAGUUUCACAGAAACGAACCCGUCUCCUCAACUACACGGUGCCUUCAUGGAGCCUUCCGGGCCAGCUAACCGAGACGACGGCGAUUUCUUGGACCUGGACCACGACGAGGAGCUGCUGUGUUCGGUCAGCGACAUCACGGAGCACCUCGGCAGAAACAUCACCCUUGUGCUGGAAACAGCGCUGUCCGAGAUCCGCAAGAUGGUCAGUAUCAGGAUACGAGUCCUAAAAAUGGAGCUCCGAGAGAAAACUGAGGAGAUCGAGGUGUUGAAGGAGAGACUGGACACGGUGCAGAGGGAUGGCAGGGAGAAUUUUCCCGGCGUCGCAACUACAGAGGCGGCUACAGAGGUGGGCUACAAGAGAGCAGACUGCACCUCCGGAACCAAGCAGAUGAACACCGAUCCCAGGAAAGCCAAGGGUGUCAUGUCCGGCGUGAAGAAAGAGAAUAUCGAUGCUAUAUGUGACUAUCUGAUGAAAGAUAAGAACUCGAGAGGUGAAAUAGAUGGAGACCAGAGUGGUCAGUGCAGCGGAGAGAGGGAAGCUCGUCAUGAGCAUGAGCCUCACUCCCUGCACCUGUGGCCUGACAGCGGAAUGACUGGCCCCGGGUCUGGACAUGGAGACUCCGAGUCCACCACAGAUGACCUCUUCAGUAUGCUUCCCUCUGGCAGCAAACGCGUGUAUGACUACGAGUGGAUUACACCUAUGGAAUAUUCGUCGGAGGUUAAAGUGAUGAAGGAGUCUGAAUGUGAGAACACUUUGACUGGUGACACAGAUAAUGAUGAUGAAGAUGAGUCGUUGAGGAGGGAGGGUGAUGGACUAGACCAGGCCCAGGUUCCACUCUCACUUGUCCAGCCCCCUGAGUUCUCCAUGGAUCCACAGAGCUCUUCAGGGGAGGAAGGCAGUUCCCUGGAGGGACACACAGACAGGCCUGAAACAGGUCAGCAGUUCUCAAGUCACCCCUACAUCUGCUCUCUGUGUGGGACCUUCUGCCCUGACUCUCUGUUCCUGGAAGAACAUAUUAAACUGAUCCACUCAGACUCUGCUGGUGCUCAGGCUCUACAGGCCCUGCAGUCAACCUCCUCCUCCUCCUCUGCAGUAGCAGCAGCACCAACACCCUCCAUGGGGAACAGCAGCAGUGACUGCAGGAGAGGAGAACGAGUGGAGAACGAGGAUGGGUGUGGUUUUAGCAUCAGUCGGGGAGGAGGGCUUGUCAAGAAGGAGAUAAAAAUGGAAGGGGGAUAUGAGUGUGGGGAUUGCGGCCGCCAUUUUAACUACCUUGGUAACCUGCGACAACACCAGCGCAUCCAUACCGGGGAGAAGCCCUUUAUAUGUCCAGAUUGUGGAGAGAGAUUCCGCCAUGCAGCGCGGUUAAAGAGCCACAGGCUGAUCCACAGCGGAGCCCAGAGCCCAUUCCCCUGCCCCCAGUGUGGCAAAGGUUUCUCAGUGCUGUCUGGACUCAAGAGACACCAAAGAGUUCACACUGGUGAGAGCCCAUAUGCAUGUCCUCAGUGUGGCAGGCGCUUUAAGGAGCUUGGUAACCUUUACACCCACCAGAGGAUCCACAGUGGGGCCACACCUUACUGCUGCCAGCAAUGUGGACGUAGCUUUCGCCACCUGGGAACCUUCAAAAGCCACCGCUGCACCGCAGCACAGUAACCAGCUCAACUACUCCGCCCUCUAGAGCUCAUGCCAUGACAUUUAAAAGACACAGUGGUGGCUCUCAGGAAGUGCUGGUCAGUUUUAGUCUCAAGUCACUCUUGUUGCAAAGUUUGUAGAGUUUGCUUGGUUUGAUCAUCUCCAGCUCUGUGGUUUGCAUGUUUCAGCCAACUUUCAGUCAUUUGAAUAAAGCUCCACACUUAAUACAA